AUGCGUUUUGCUUCCCGCCUCCCUGCCGCCGCCCUGGCGGUGUCGCUCCCUCUUUACGUUUAUGCAGCUUCGGGGUCUGGUCAGUCAACCAGGUAUUGGGACUGCUGCAAGCCGUCCUGCUCGUGGCCAGGGAAGGCCUCAGUCAACCAGCCCGUCUUCGCCUGCGACGCGAACAACAACCACCUCUCCAGCUUUGACACGCCCUCUGGAUGUGUCGGGGGAUCUGCAUUUACAUGUGCAAACCAGUCGCCAUGGGCGGUGAAUGACAAUCUGGCCUACGGCUUUGCUGCAACGGCACUCGGCGGAGGGUCAGAGGCAUCUUGGUGCUGUGGCUGCUACGCUCUUACCUUUACCUCAGGUCCGGUCGCCGGCAAGACAAUGGUCGUGCAGUCCACCAGCACUGGUGGAGAUCUAGGGAACAAUCACUUCGACAUCGCCAUGCCCGGCGGCGGUGUUGGGCUGUUCGACGGCUGCUCGCGACAGUUUGGCGGCCUCCCUGGAGCCCAGUACGGAGGCAUUAGCUCGCAGAGCCAGUGUUCUUCCUUCCCGUCGGCUCUCCAGCCUGGGUGCAAUUGGCGGUUCGACUGGUUCAAGAACAGCGAUAAUCCGAGCCUCACGUUCACCCAGGUUCAAUGUCCCUCUGAGCUGGUCGCCAGGACUGGUUGUCGGCGAUCCGACGACGGAAACUUUCCCGUCUUUUCGGCUCCCCCGGCAUCUGGAAGCACCACAUCUUCCGUCAAACCGGCCACAUCGUCGGUCAAAUCCACAUCCACGACCAGCAAGGCACCCUCGGCCACUGGGUGCUCAGUAGCUCAGUGGGCGCAGUGCGGUGGUGUUGGAUGGGCUGGAUGCCCUUGCGUGCCUGGGACCACCUGCAAAUUCAUCAAUGAUUACUAUUCGCAGUGCAUUUAG